AUGUUUUGCUCUCAAAAACAAAAAUUAACAAAGAACUUAAUUAUUAAAGGUUUAAGCAAUCGGUGUUAUGCUUCAACGAUUCAGAUUCCUUUUCACCCUCAUUAUGUUCCACCAGGCCAACCUUUUAGUCGUCGAUAUCCAACCACUGGAAGAAAAAAAGUUUUGAAAACUUCUUAUGCUAUUCCAACCUUGAAUCUAAACAGUUCUCAAAACCAAUUACAAGCUCAAACCCUCUCAGAAAUAUUGAAACCUACAAACUCUGUCUUUAUAGGAAUCGUUCCAACUAUUAAUAAACUACAAGCUGACGAAAAUCUAUCAAGUUCUUGCAAUAUUAAUACUCCAAAUGAACAUAUUCCUUUUAUAUUUAGAGUAUCAACAAUUUGCUUUGUUAUGGUCGGCGUCAUACGUUAUUUCUAUCACGCAAAUAAACCUUUAGAUAGUAAAUCUGAUAGUGAAACGAAUUAUGAAAAAGAUCUACAUAAAAAAAAUUCAUGA